AUGAUAGAGACGUAUAAAAUACUUCUGUGGAUACCAGUAGAACAAGAGAGCAUUGAUGGACGCUUGAGACUCAAGAGAUAUGGCUCGGUGGAUGGAGAUGACUCGGUGGAUGGAGAUGACUCGGUGGAUGGAGAUGACUCGGUGGAUGGAGAUGACUCGGUGGAUGGAGAUGACUCGGUGGAUGGAGAUGACUCGGUGGAUGGAGAUGAGUUGGUGGAUGGAGAUGACUCGGUGGAUGAAGAUGACUCGGUGGAUGGAGAUGACUCGGUGGAUGGAGAUGACUCGGUGGAUGGAGAUGACUUGGGGGAUGGAGAUGACUCGGUGGAUGGAGAUGAGUCGGUGGAUGGAGAUGACUCGGUGGAUGGAGAUGACUCGGUGGAUGGAGAUGACUCGGGGGAUGGAGAUGACUCGGGGGAUGGAGAUGACUUGGUGGAUGGAGAUGACUCGGUGGAUGAAGAUGACUCGGUGGAUGGAGAUGACUCGGUGGAUGGAGAUGACUCGGUGGAUGAAGAUGACUCGGUGGAUGGAGAUGACUCGGUGGAUGGAGAUGACUCGGGGGAUGGAGAUGACUCGGUGGAUGGAGAUGACUCGGUGGAUGGAGAUGACUCGGUGGAUGGAGAUGACUCGGUGGAUGGAGAUGACUCGGUGGAUGGAGAUGACUCGGUGGAUGGAGAUGACUCGGUGGAUGGAGAUGACUCGGUGGAUGGAGAUGACUCGGGGGAUGGAGAUGACUUGGUGGAUGAAGAUGACUCGGUGGAUGAAGAUGACUCGGGGGAUGGAGAUGACUUGGUGGAUGAAGAUGACUCGGUGGAUGAAGAUGACUUGGUGGAUGAAGAUGACUCGGUGGAUGGAGAGUGGAGUGUUGUACCCGAAAAUUCCGUUGACAGAAAAGCCAAUUCUUCAAAGAAAACCUUUUUUCAGCAUAUACUUUUUUAUAUUUUAAACAAACGAACAAGUCAAGUCCUCCCACCAAAGUCAAGUCCUCCCCCAAGUCAAAUCCUUCCCCAAAGUCAAAUCCUUCCCCAAAGUCAAAUCCUUCCCCAAAGUCAAGUCCUCCUCCAAGUCAAGUCCUCCCCAAGUCAAGUCAAGUCAAGUCCUCCUCCAAGUCAAGUCCUCCUCCAAGUCAAGUCCUCCCCCAAGUCCUCCUCCAAGUCAAGUCCUCUCCCAAGUCAAGUCCUCCCCCAAGUCAAGUCCUCCCCCAAGUCAAGUCCUUCUCCAAGUCAAGUCUUCCCCCAAUUCAAGUCCUCCCCCAAGUCCUCCCCCAAGUCAAGUCUCCCCCAAGUCAAGUCCUCCCCAAGUCAAGUCCUCCCCCAAGUCCUCCCCAAGUCAAGUCCUCCCCCAAGUCAAGUCCUCCCCAAGUCAAGUCCUCCCCCAAGUCAAGUCCUCCCCCAAGUAAGUCCUCCCCCAAGUAAGUCCUCCCCAAAUCAAGUCCUCCCCCAAGUCAAGUCCUCCCCCAAGUCCUCCCCAAAGUCCUCCCCCAAGUCAAGUCCUCCCCCAAGUCAAGUCCUCCUCCAAGGUCAAGUCCUCCUCCAAGUCAAGUCCUCCUCCAAGUCAAGUCCUCCCCCAAGGUCAAGUCCUCCCCCAAGGUCAAGUCCUCCCAAAGUCAAGUCCUCCUCCAAGUCAAGUCCUCCUCCAAGUCAAGUCCUCUCCCAAGUCAAGUCCUCCCCCAAAGUCAAGUCCUCCCCCAAAGUACUCCUCCAAGUCAAGUCCUAUACCAAGUCAAGUCCUCCCCCAAAGUCCUCCUUCAAGUCAAGUCCUCCUCCAAGUCAAGUCCUCCCCAAAAGUCAAGUCCUCCCAAAGUCAAGUCCUCCCAAAGACAAGUCCUCCCAAAGACAAGUCCUCCCAAAGUCAAGUCCUCCCCCAAAUCAAGUCCUUCCCCAAGUCAAGUCCUCAAGUCCUCCUCAAGCUCCACAUACGGUCUCCACCAUUAAUCUGCCUGUCAUUGUUAGACAAGCACUGAUUGUUCACGUCUCAAAACAGUUUGUAAAACAACCUAUAUACCACACCACGACGCCCUCAACGGCCACACCACGACGCCCUCAACGGCCACACCACGACGCCCUCAACGGCCACACCACGACGCCCUCGCGGCCACACCACGACGCCCUCGCGGCCACACCACGACGCCCUCAACGGCCACACCACGACGCCUCACGGCCACACCACGACGCCCUCAACGGCCACACCACGACGCCCUCAACGGCCACACCACGACGCCCUCAACGGCCACACCACGACGCCCUCAACGGCCACACCACGACGCCCUCAACGGCCACACCACGACGCCCUCAACGGCCACACCACGACGCCCUCAACGGCCACACCACGACGCCCUCAACGGCCACACCACGACGCCCUCAACGGCCACACCACGACGCCCUCAACGGCCACACCACGACGCCCUCAACGUCCACACCACGACGCCUCACGGCCACACCACGACGCCCUCAACGGCCACACCACGACGCCCUCAACGGCCACACCACGACGCCCUCGCGGCCACACUCUUAA